AUGCGAAUCCUCGCGCUGGCGAGCAUACUGCCCCGCGCUGAGAACAUAAAGAGCAGUGCUACACCCUUUUUUCACUUGUGCCUUUCAGGUGAACGACAGCCACUGACCGACAAAACAAAACCGACUGAAUCCCGUUCCAUAAUGUCCAUCAACUCCAUCACUUUACUCAGCUUGACGGAUCAGACAAAUUACAUUGAUGGCAAGAAGUGCACGUUAUUCGCUGUGCGGUUCCAAAGUGAUGCCAAGGAAUGGUGUGUGGUUAAACAGCUUGGAGAUUUUAAUCUGCUUCUAAACGCACUGCGAUUAACAUCUACCGAUUGCAAACUAAAGCUACCUACAAAAAACAUGUUUGAUCCCAGCUUCGGGAGAAAACGACUUAAGCAACUGAAAGCUUUCAUAAAUGAACUCAUCACGGAUCCACAGUAUUUGGCACAGGAUUGUGUCAAGAAAUUUUUGGGAUUGGAUCAACUGUGUCCUCCUGGUCUGCCCCUGACAGCUCAAGUAGAUAUGGAGACAACGGAAGCCAAAAGAGCAAUACCGGAGGAUUUUGUGCUUGUGAAGAAGAUUGGAAUGGGAGCUUUUGGUCAGGUCUAUCUUGCCAACUCUCGUACCACCAACGGAGUCUUUGCAAUCAAAGUGUUGAAGAAAAAGCAACAAAUCGAACGUCCCAGUGGCGUGCAACAGGUCAUGAGUGAACGGAACGUCCUGAUCAAAAGUUUACAGCAUCCAUUCCUCUGUAAGCUACGCUACACGUUCCAGUCGGCCUCGAUGCUGUUUUUUGUUAUGGACUAUGUGAAUGGUGGAGAGCUGUACUCCUAUAUCCAACGUGAACGGUUUACGGAGGAGCGGGCCAAGUUCUAUGUGGCUGAAAUUGCGUGCGCCCUUGGCUAUUUGCACUCCGAGAAGAUCAUUUACCGCGAUCUCAAACCCGAAAAUAUCCUAUUAGAUGGUCAGGGCCACAUUGUGCUGACUGACUUCGGCUUAUGUACGAACGCUGACGGAGCACAGGAAACCGGAACAGUUUGUGGCACCCCAGAGUACCUCGCUCCAGAGUCUAUCAGAGCGGGAGAGUAUAGUUAUGCAGUUGAUUGGUGGGGUCUGGGCACAGUUUUCUACGAGAUGUUGUAUGGUUUGCCUCCAUUUUUCGAUACAAAUCGGCGGAAGAUGCAUGAAGCCAUACUGACGAGACCGGUCAAGUUGGGAGACAACAUCAGUGAGGAGGCGAAACAGAUACUCUUGGGGCUAUUGCAUAAGUCCAAGGAAGAACGACUGGGAAGCCGGCUGGACUUCGAAGAAAUCCGUUCUCAUUGUUUCUUCAGAAAGAUGGACUGGGCUGCACUGUUAGCGCGUAGGAUUAGACCUCCGUUCACUCCGCUGGUCUCGUCGCUUGCUGAUACAAGGCAUGUUGCACCGGAAUUCACAUGUUUGCCCAUUUCAGCAUCUGUCAUUAAUUCAAUCGAACGCCUUGGACGAUCCGACACCUCCCUCUUUAUGGAUGACACAUUCUCUGGGUUCACUUACAACCCCUCUGCCGUUCUGGGAAAAUGAAUACACCACACUUGUUUCAGUUUAUAUUUUGAUGUUGGAGCCGUCCGCCUAUGGUGCAGUCCUGGAUGUCUGUUAAGAACCGGUCAAAUUUAGCAACUACCGUAUUUUCACUGAAUUAUGGAUCUUUGAUUCCUCAUGAUUUUUAGGAUUGUUAUCAAUCAUGGACUGGAAAAUUUGUGCGAUUUAACAAUACCCUUCCACCAGCGGUUUUCCAUUUUCCGAACGUCCAUAAAACACUUUGGUAUACUGCCUGCUGUUUCUUGCGUGCUCUAUUGGUUACCUUCCAGCCUUUCUUUGGAUUUGGCGCUGAUCGUAUUCCCAGCACCGCCUUCCUCUUACCCGGCAGUCUGCUGAUUCGCCUUGAGGAAUACUAUUUGGACAGCAAUCAAGAAUCUGGUCCAUCCUGGAAUAACGAGAAUAAGCUAUCAGGGUUGUGACUUUCGCGCUAGCAUCGUUGUUAUACCUGAGAUUUUACUCUGCGACAAAAGACCAUCUUAAAGGAAUGUCGAAAUUUUCCGCGGAGACCUUCCGUCUGCAGAACAACCGUAUCAUCUUGGGUGUGCUUUGAG